AUGGACGCCGCGUCCGAGGCGAACCUCGUGUGGCUCAAGAACCCCUUCCCCCUCACGGAUGGCGAGUUCUACAAGAAGCGCCUCGGCGGCACGUGCGGCCGGCCCGAGUACGUGCCGUGCCGCGUCGUCGCGCGCAACGGCGGCGAGCUGACCUUGGAAACGGUGGACGAGCCGAAGAUGACCAUCGCGAAGAGGGAGGCCGACGUGCUCCCGUCGAACUCGCGCCUGCGCAGCGGGUCGCGCAGGAACCUGAGCGAGCUCGCGCGCGCGACGCACUGCAACGCGCCUUCGGUCGUCUCGGCCGCGCACGGCCGCCACGUCGCGGGCGAGUACUGGACCUACGCGGGCCGCCGCGACGGGCCCCUCGUCUUCCUGAACCCGAACGGGCCCGGGGCGCCGCGGAGCGAGUCGAACUUCGGCCUGCUGCAGAUGCAGCGCCGGUCCGGGCCGCGCGCCGCGGGCGCGCGGGACGACGCCGGCGGCGCCGCGAAGCCCCGGUACCGGACGCCCGGCGCGGACCGGCGCAAAGGCCGGUUUCCGCCGCCGGCCGGCGACGCCGCGGAGGCGGAGCAGCCCCACCUCUACGACGCCGUCGCGGACGCGGUCCGCCGCGCGUUCGAGCUCCGCGCGCCGCAGCUGCUCAGCUUCGUCGGCGAGUCGGGCAGCGGCAAGUCCGAGUCCGCGAAGCUCGCACUCGAGUUCGCCGCGAUCGCCUUCGGCGACCCGAGCUUCCUCGGCGUCGCGGCCGCGGGGCCGACGACGUCGCGGCUCGGCGGGGACGCGCUCGUCGCCGCGCGGCGCGACGACGCGACGCAGGCGUGGGCCGCGCCGCUCGGCCGCGCGGCGAACCCGCUCUUCUUCUCCGGCCCGGAGGCAAGAGGGUUCUCAUCAUCUCAAGCGCGCGCGGCGAAGAAGCUGCUGUCGACGCCGACGCUCGUCGAGGCCUUUUCCUGCGCCCGGAGCGGCCGCAACGCGAACGCGAGCCGCGGCGCGACGAUGUACCGCCUCGCCGUGCGGCCCGGCCCGCGCCGCGAGGCUUUGGUGGCCGGCGGGUCCUGCGAGAUCUAUGGCUUGGAGGUCGCGCGCGUCGCGCGGUCGCCCGGCGACGCCGAGGGCGCCGCCGACGGCAACUUCCACGCGCUCCACUGGCUCGCCGGCGGCGUCGAGUCGCCGUCGGAGCGCGCGGCGCUCCGGCUCCGCGACGCCAGGGACAAGGCGGGCUACCGGCUUUUGGACGCGACGGACGACGCCGCGGCGGACUGGGCCGCUCUUUCCGCGGCCUACGGCGUCGUCGCGCGCGACGGCGACGCCAAGUCGAAACGGCCGACGGGCGUGCGCGACUCGUUCGCCGAGGGCGUCGCGGGCCUUUUAGCGGCGAUCCUAGCUUUGGGCGACGUCGAGUUCGGCGGCGGCGACGAGGCCAAGUACCGCGAGACGGCCGCGAGCAAGACGCGCGCCGCCGACGCCGCGGAGCUGCUGGGCGUCGACGGCGGCGUUUUGCGCGACGCGUUCCUCUGCCGCGUUUUGGACGUCGCGUCCGGCGCGUCGUCCGCGGGCGUCGGCAAGAGGGUGCCCGCUAGGCCUUCCGACGCCGAGACAGCGCGCGACGGCCUCAUCAAGGCGCUCUACGGUCGCCUCGUGACCUGGGUCGUCAAGCGCGCGUCGGGCGAGUGCCGCGAGGCCGCGCGGGCCCCGUCCGACGUCUACGUCCUCGACGCGUGCGGCUUCGACGACGCGGCCAAGGGCGCGGGGGGGCGCAACUUCUUCGACGAGCUGCUCCACAACGCCGCGGCGGAGCGGCACCACGCCUACUACGCGGAGACGACCUUUUCCGACGAGCUCAAGCUCUACGACGACGAGGGCCUCGACGUGUCCACGACCAAGUUCCCCGCGGUCCAGACCAACGCCGACGUCCUGGACCUGCUCCUGGGCGGCCCCGCGAGCUUGUUGGGCACGGUGGACGCGUCCGCGGCCGCGCUCGGCGAGACGGACGCGCGCGCGCUCGCGGCCGUCGUCGCCGCGCACGGCGCGUCGCCGUCCUUCGAGCCGGGCCGGCGCCAGCGCGCGGCGACGUCCUUCACGGUCAAGCACACGGGCGGCGACGUGUCCUACGACGUCCACGACCUCCUGCGGCGCGCGCGCGUCGCCGCGCCGGCGGCGGCCGUGGCCGCGCUCGAGACGUCGACGCGGCCGUUCGUGCGGGCCCUGUUCGCCGAGUGCGACGUCGACGAGGCGGCCUGCCCCUGGCUCACCCUCGGCGACCUCGCGGCCUGCGGCGCCGUGCGCUUCGUCCACGCCAAGGAGCAGGGCCGCGCGUCGGCGAUCGCGAGCUUCCGGAGCCAGCUCGACGCGCUCUACGGCGGUUUAUCGCAGCUCGGCGGCCUGAGCCGGGGCACGGGCCGCCCGUUGGCGACGCACGUGCUAUGCACGCGCGCGGCGCCCCAGCGCCUCUUCGACAAGGACCCGGAGUUGGCCCGGGACUUCUUCGAGCCGAGCUACGUCGGCAAGCAGCUCUUCGACCGCUUCGCGGUGCCCGAGUUCGCGACGCUGACGAAGAUCGGCCUCCGCUGGCGCAUGCCCCACGACCGCUUCUACGCCAAGUACGCCAUCGCCGCGCGGGGGCUCGGCGUCUACAGCCGCGCGUUCCCCCUCGUCGUCGCCGACGACGACGCGGGCGAGCGCCGCGAGCGGGCGAAGCGGCUCCUCGACGCGCUCCUCUGCGACCCGGGCCUCGCGGCGGAGGCCAAGGAGGCGGCGCGGCGCGGCGAGGCCCAAUUGGGGCGCACGCUGGUCAUGCUGUCGAGCCCGCUCGCGGCGUCGCUCGAGCGGCGUUUAGACGACGCGACGGCGAUCUUCGCGAAUUGCGCGACGCGGCUCGCCGCGAUGCAGCGCGCGCGCGAGCAGCGCCGCGUCUACGUCAAGGUGCGCAACGGCCUCGGGCUCGUCGUCGCCCUCGUCAAGUACGCGCCCAUGCGCGCCUACAUCACAAAACACCGCCGCGCGGGCGCGGCGAUCACGGGCUUGGCGCGGCGGAAGCUCCGGCGCGCGGCCGCGCGCCGCCGGGGCGCCAUGGCCGUGCGGCUCCAGCGCUGGAGCCGCGCGACGCGGGCCAAGGCGCGGUGUACCACGCUCAAGCUCGCGGCCAGGGGCGCGGCCGCGCUCGCGCGCGGCUUCGUGCUCCGGCGGCGCGCGGGCGCCGUGAAGCGCCACGCGGACAAGCUCCGCGUGUUCAUCGUGGGCGAGGUGCUGCGGAUUUUACGGUUGAAGGUCCUGCGGCGCCGGGCGGCGACGACGCUGGCCUGCGCGUGGCGCGGGUCCCACUCGCGGAGCCCCGGCGGGCCCGCGUACGCCGCGGCGAAAGCGUGGCGCCGCGCUUUACGCGCGCGCGCGCUCCGCAGGGCCUCGACGAAAUUCGGCGCCCAUUGGAAGCGCAUCCUCGUCGUGCGGCGCUUCCGCCAGCUGCGGCGCGCGGCCGUCGUCGCGCAGCGGUGGGCGCGGAGCCGCUUCCUCCGGUUCUGGAUGCUCGACGCGCGGCUCGCCGCGACGGUGCUCGCGGGCAUGGGCCGCGGCGCCGCGGGCCGCGGCGACGCGCGUCGACGGCGCGUCGCGGCGAUGGUCGUCGCGGAGCGCUUCGCGCUGCGCUGCGUCCGCGAGCGCGAGUUUUUGACGCUCGCGGAGCAUUUCGGGGACGCGGACGCGGUCGCGCACUGCAAGUGCAGCAACACGAACCUGAGCUCGCCGACGGCCAACGAGUACGCCGUCGACGACACCAAGGGCGACCCGGACGCGCCCGUCGACGCGUGCCGGUCGUCGACGAUCCGCAAGGGCGAGCAGCGCGGCGCGGGCCGCCACCUCGGCCACCACGCGCUCGAGUUCGCGCUGCGCCGGCCCCUGCCGAACCGCGCGGCCAAGCUCGCGGCGCAGCGCUUCGCGAGCCGGGCGGAGCUCGUCGACGUCGACGCCAGGGCGUCGGACGCGCACGACACGUACCCGCACGGCUGGGCGCGGACGCUCGGGCGCCUCUGCCGCGACCUCGGGCGGGGCGGCCGGCGCCUCGGGGACGUGGCCGUGGGCCGGAGCCACAGCGCGGCGCUGAGCGACCGCGGCGAGCUCUACACCUGGGGGCUCGACGACGCCGGCCAGCUCGGCCGGCCCGCGCCGGGGUCCGCGGCGGCCGCGAAGCACGAUGGCGAAGCGCACGUCCUCGCGCCGGCGCACCGCGACUUUGUGGUGGCGCCGGCGACGGUGGACCUGGAGGUGAGCGCCCACGGCGGGAGCCGCGCGCUCGGCGCCGCGGGGCCCCAGUACGCGGGCCGAGGCUUCGAGACGCCCCGCGCGAAGCCGGGCGCCGCGGGCCAGCCGUCCGUGCCGGCGCCCAAGGGCUUCACGCGCGUGGCCUUCACGGCGCUGAGCGCCGGGGCCGACUUCUGCGUCGCGCUGAGCGCCGGGGGGCGCCUCUUCGCCUGGGGCGACAACCGGCGCGGCCAGUGCGGUUUGGGCGACCUCCUGCCGCGCCGCGGGUCGCCGCGCGCGGUGGAGGCGGGGGGCCUGAGCCGCCGGCGCGUCGCCGCCGUCGCCUGCGGCGGCCACUUCGCCGUCUGCGUCGCGAACCCGGGCGUCGUCUUCUCCUGGGGCGCGCGCGAGUGCCUGGGCAUCGACGGCGGCCGGUCGCCGGGCCGCGACGCGGAGCUCCGGUCGCCGGCCUGGCGCGCGGCCCACGACGUGCCGUCGCCGACGCUCGUGCGGGGCCUCGACGCGCACCGCAAGCGCUUCGCCUGGAAGGUGGCCUGCGGCCUCGAGUUCUCCGUCGUCGUCACGCGCGUCGGCACGCGCCACGACCUCUUCGCCUGGGGCAACAACGACAAGGGCCAGCUCGGUCUCGGCGACGGCGCGCGGCGCUGGGCGCCGGAGAUGCUCACGCGCAAGGCCGUCGCGACGCCCAAGGCGAACGCGUCGGCGACGGAGCUCGCGAAGAAGUUCCUGCGGCGCGCCGCGGACGUCGCGUGCGGCAGCCGCCACGCGCUCGUGCUCGCGGCGUCGGGCGUCGUCUUGGCCUGCGGCCACAACGGCGACGGCCAGCUCGGCGUCGGGGACCGCGAGGACCGGAGCGCGUACGCGGUCGUCCGCGGCCGGCUCGCGAAGUGCCCCGUGACCCAGAUCGUCGCGGGCUGGCGCCACAGCGCGGCCCUCACGGCGCGCCACGAGCUCUACGCCUGGGGCGCCGCGACCUGCGUCGCGUCCUCGCCCGGCGAGGUCGCGGACGCGAGCCGCGCGCGGUCCUUCUACCACCAGCACUUCGCGCCGCGCGAGAAGACGGCCGCGGAGGCCGCGGCGAAAAGCGCGGAGGCCGCGGAGACCUACGACGCGCGCAAGCGCGCCGCCGUCGACGCCGCCAAGGCGAAGAAGCUCGACGCCGCGGAGGCGGCGAGGGAGCGAGAGGCCAUCGACGACGCGUUCGAGGCGUCGGGCGCGCGCCGCGACUGGACGGCCUUCAGCGUGGCGUCGCCGCGCCUCGUGCCCUUCCCCGGCCGCGCCUGGCGCGUGCCGACGGCGCUCUGCGCCGCGAGUUCGAGCGCCCUCUCCGCGACGAUCGUGCGCUACGCGGCCAUCGGCGCGGACGCCGAGGCGCUGUCCUACGCAAAGUUCGUGCCCCACGAGCUCUCGAGCCCGCCCGAGUCGCCCCAGGCCUUCCCCAAGACCGGCGACGGCGACGGCCGCGCCGAGAAGCUCGACGCCUACGACGAGGUCCUGCGCAGAGUGCCGGACCGCGGCUGGGCGCGCGCCGUCGACGUCGUCGCGGACGCGCUCCGCCGCGAGAACGAGACCGAGGAGGUCGAGGACGGCGACGGCGGCUUCGGCGACGUGGCCUGGAAGCCCGCGACGCCGGAGCAGGAGGCGUCCAAGGUCGCGGCGGCGAAGCGGCGCGAGCGCGAGGAGGGCUUCACGGCCGCGGAGCGCCACGUCCGCGCCGUCUUCGGCAUCGGCGCCGAGGCGUCGGACCUCGAGCGCGGCUGGUGCGCGUCGACGAAAAAGGGCGCCGUCUCGGCGACGAUGAAAGCGCGCAUCCUCGCGCAGCAGCUCCGGGACCUCGAACACGAGGCGGACACGUGCGACGCGGUCGCCGCGGACACCGUCGGCGACGAGACGACGCUCCGGACCUUCGACGACGGCGACCUCGAGGACCUGCUACCCUCCGACGACGACGACGACGACGACGACGACGCCCACUCCGUGCACGUCUCCGAGCUCACGCUCAAGAGCGACGACCUCGACGCGCGCGCGGCCGUGUUGAAGACCGCGCCCGACAGCCCCGUGCGCGUCGCGGAUCUGUUCGCGUCCGAGUUCCUCAUCGGCGCGUCGACGGGCGCGCCGGGGUCGGCGAUCCGCGCCGCGCGCGCCGCCGCCGACGGCGGCGAGGAUCCCUUGUUCGCGGACCUGCCGCGGCCGACCGCGGAGCCGCCGAAGCAUUUGGGCCGCCGCGCGACGUACCGGUCGGCUUUGGACCUGCAGCACCGCGACGACGAGGAGGCCAGGCUCCGGGCCGCGCCGCCGGCGCCCGACGUCGACGACUCGAAUUUGACGGAGGCCGCGCGGCCGACGGCGUCGCUGUCGCCGCGCGCGCUCGGCGGCCGCGGCGCCGCGACGCCGCCGCCGGGCGGCACCGCCGUGGACCCGCUCGACACGCCGCCCCACCCGGACCGGGGCGCCCACGCGGCCCUCGCGGGGAAGGACCCGGCGCUCGCGGCGCUGCUCCACUCCAUGACCGCGAGCCUCAACUUCGCGGAGAAGGCCCACGACCGCGAGCGCGCGGCCAUCCCCGACUCGUCGUCCGGCGCCCUCGUCGACUCGCCCGCGCCGCCGCGGUCCGCCGCGUCCGCGCGCGAAGACGCGGCGCGCGACGUCCACGGCCGCGCGGGCGCCUACGGCGCCUACGGCUACUCGGCCGCGGACGCGCGCGCGCACGCGCCGCGCGCGCUGUCGUCGCCGGAGCCCGCGGCGCCGGCGCCGCCGCCCGCCGACGACGACUUCGCCCAGCUCGCCCGCGACACGAAGGCCCUCCAGUCCGCGCUCGCGCGCGGCGGGGACUUCCGCGCGCCGUGAAGACUCCCAUUUCCCCCUGAUUGCCACUUCUAAACAAACGUGGCCUUU